AGAACAUGGCAAUGCAGUCAGUCUUUCGCGUCAUCUGUGAUAGUAGUGAAGAGUAUGGGUUAAAUUUCUUUUCCUUAAUUUUUUUGUAGUUUCUUUUUUAUCUUAUCCUUUCAAGCUAAAUUUUGUGGUGGUUGUGUGAAUGCAUGCUCAAGUGUGUAUGUGCAAUUCAUAUUUCACUUCUGGGUCUUUUCUUAAGUUAUCCUUGCAUUUCUCAAAUGGACUAUGCAGAGAAUUGAAUCCUAAGAAUGCGUUGUCAUUUUAAUGAUCGAAGUGAUGAAAUGAGUCCACCUGCUUAUAACAUUUGGACUUCUGGAAAUUUGCAAACUCCUCAUAUUUUAAAGAGUAUUCUUGCUCCAACUGCUGCCACUGCUGAUUGCUAUACUAAUGAAAUACCCACCUUUAGUGCUAUUGAUUCUAGUUCUUCAUCCCAGAAGAGGAAAAUAUUAGAUUCAGAGAAGGAAGAUUUUGAAGAAAGGUUCCACAAAAUUCAAAGGAAGAAGCAGUUACAGAGAGUUGUAGCCAGAGCAAAUUUAGUGGUUGCUGACGCUGAUGAUGAUUCAGAUGAAGAAGAUAAAAUUUAUGAACAGAUGGAUUGGAUUGAAAGAGAGAAUGCAAUGAACAUGCCGUCUUCUGAUGCUCCUGAUGAUGAGUUUCAUUUUACUGAAAAUGUGAAUUCCCCUUUUUUGUUUUUCCAUAGAUCAAUGUUUAAAGAUGAAAGACGUCGACUUCUUAGAAUAUCAAUGGCUAAAAUACGUGGUACAGAGGAUCCAGAAAUUUACUUACGUCGUUCCGUCCUAAUUAAUAACACUGUCAGACGACUCCAAAGUGAUGUUUCUGUUAAUUAUAGAUGUAAUUCAUAUCCAUCAACAUCCUUUAUUCCAGAUAAUGUUACGUAUCAGAAUGAUGGUAUGAAUGCCUGGGAAGGGAGUGCAUUUCAUAAGAAUCUGAUUCAGCCCAGUUCUUAUGAAUAUCAAUAUGCCUCUUCAUCCUGCAAUAAUGAAAGUUAUUUUAGCUAUGGAUUGUCAGAAAAUGGUGGAAAUACUCCUGGUUCUCAAAAUUUUAAUUUAGAGUGUGUUCCAGUUUCUUCUGGUAAUGAUCUCCAUUCGCAACAUUGUAAUGAAAUACAUAAUAAUACUGAGCAGCAGCAAGAAAAUAUACAUAAUGGUUUUCAUCCUUUGCAGCAUGAAGAAUUGCAUGAGCUCUGUACUCAGCAACAUAAUGGGAUGCACAGUGGCAUUCAUAACCAACAUUCUGAAGAUUUCCAAAAUAAUACUUCAUUUUGUAAUGGAAAUUCUUUAGAUGAACAAAGAAUGAAUGAUGCAUCAGUUUCCUCUUCCACUGUAAAACAGUCUUGUCCAUCUCGCAUGCUUUCAUCUCAGUCAUGUGGUUUACAAUAUAGAAAUCCUGCUCAAAAUGAAAACCCUAAAGAUGAGUAUAAAGAACCUUCUGCUUCGGGUUCUUCUCUUCUUAAUAGGGGAGUUUUCCAAGGCCUUGUCACGUCUCUCGAAACAGAUGUCACAUAAGAUUUGAGUUUUUAUUUGGAAGCUUGAAUUCUAAUAAUUGAUAUAAAUAUAUAUUGUAAUACUGUCUCUAUCUCUUAUAAUACUCUUUUAUACUUGGACCAAGCUUUCAGUUUUGCAUCCAAAUUUCAUUACUUUGUUUAUCAUUGAAGUAACAUAUAUCAUUUUAUUAUUCAUAAAAUUAUGGAAGUAUCUCAUUUUUAAAUUUUAAAGAUUGUAUGUGAUUUUGAAACAUACAUUUAAAUAUUAAAAUGAUCUAUUUUUCUUUAAUUUUGAUCGUGAAUUAGAAAUUGUGAAUAACCUAAUUUAUUUUUGUCAUUUUUUUUAGUUUAAUCCAUUAAACUGCUUGUUUUAUUUUUUUAAAUGAAUUAGUUUUUACAGUUCAAUUAUAUAUUGAUAAUUUAACUGUUGUGAUCGUAAAGUAUUGUCUCUGUGCUAAAUAAAGCUUUGUUUUUAUACUACAACUUGUAAAUUUAUUACAUUAUAAUUUGUUUGCCAUAAAUGCUUUUUUUUAUUACCUAAAUGUUAUUUUACUGUGGUAAGAUUUUAUAUAUUUGUUAUAUAGUUAUGUGGUUUAUGGCAUUGUAAGAAUGAAUUUUUUAAAGUGUUUUUUCAAUUCAAUAAAAUUAUUUAUGUAAAAUGGUUUCUUUGGGUCUUUCAUGAAGAUCUUUUAAUAUUUCAUUUCUAACCCAUAUUGCACCAAAUUAAGAACUUAAUUAAAUCGGAAUACUUUUUGUAGGUAAAUAUUGAUACUAAAAAGAAAUUAACAUAUGACAAUGUCCUUUAAAAUUUGAAGAAGGAAUAUAUUUUCAUAAAUAAUGUAAUCAUGUUAUUUUCAUCAUACUGGUGCUUUGAAUUUCUUAUAAAUCAUAGUAGGUGAGCAGUUGAAGUAUAUACUGAUUAUAUGUAUUAAAAUAUUUUAUGACCUUAAAUUUAUAAAUAUUUGUCAGUAUAAUCAACUGUACUUUAAAUAAAAGUUACUUUUUUUUAUAUCCUUUAAUGGAAAGAAAUAUAUCAGCCUCUUUAUUCAUUUUUUUUUAAUGUUGGCAUUUGUUGAAAGAAUGAUGUAUUUAUAUUGGGACACACCAUUUAUUGACAUCUGCUUUGUGUCAUCUUCAAUUAUAAAAGCAAGUUACUUCAUACAGGUUUCCAAACUUGCAUUAGAUAUUUCAGAAUGUCAGUUAUGUUUGUUGUAAUUGAUCAAACAGUAAUUAGAAGUUGCAUUUCGUAUCUUAUUCCAUUUUAAACUUCAUAUUAUUAUUAACAGUUUGUUUUUUAACUUAACAUUUGGCAAGAUGCAAGUCAUUGAGGGUGAUAUAAGUGUAUUAUGUUUAAUAUGUGCUCUAAGUGAUAGAUAUUAGAUAGGGCAUUAUUUAAAAGUGAUUAAAAAAUACAUCUUGCAUUCAAGUUUUGUGAAUAGAUAAUACUGUGUAUCAAAUAUCAAACAUAAUUUGUGUUCAAGUGAUUCUGAUUCUCUCUUUUUUUUUGUAGUAAAUGUCAAUAAAAUAAAGGAGAUUUUAAAUUUCUAUUGCUAUUAAAUAAAAAAAAAAUAUUUAUCUUCCCCUUGAUUGAUGGACCCAUUUAAAGAAAAAUUUCUUGUUGAAAUAGUAUAAGAUGAAUAAUCUUACUAUAUUUUCAUGCUUACUUCAAUAAUCUUAUUGAAAUAUGAUAAAGUCGAGGCCUAUUAUGAACGGCUAUAUAAUACUUCUUUGCUAUUUCAUUUAUCAUAAAUUUAAAUCGUAAAAUCUUAUGAAAACUUAUGAGGUAAAAGGUGACAGUUCAGUUAUUUUAAGGGUAUUUACAGUUUGAAAUUUGUGAACAAUGUGCUUUAUUUAAUUUUGCUGUUGUGACUUCCUUUUGAGGGUCAUUAUUAAAUUCCUAAUUUACAUUUUAUUAAAUGCAACUCCAAUGCAUCCCAUUUCAUUUUGAACCUUGGAUGUCAAACCUUAACCAUUAUGAUUCUUGACUAGUUCUAUAGCAAUAACAGGGUAAAAAUAAGAUGUACUUUUUCUUUCGGUAUUCAGAGAUGACCACUUUUUGAUGAUUCUAUCUCAUUAAGGGGAAAGAUGAGCACAUUUCUAGAAUUCAUCAUUCUUUGGGAACUUACUUUCGCCGUAUUAGAUACUUUUUUUAUUCAAUUUUUUUUCAUGUGUAUAUGAAUGCCGUGUCUUUUCUGACCAUAUUAUUUCAAUUCAGUUUGCAAGUAAUCCGAGUUUAUUUUAUUGUUACAUGUCAACAUCCCCUCCUUUCCUCUGAUCCUUAUUUUGAUGAAUUAAACCCAUCCUAACACAUGUGCAAAAGUGUGGAGGGUUUUAGAAUCCGUUGUCAAAACAUUCUUCAGAUGUUUACCGAAGAAAGGUGCCAAACAUAUGAUAGGGCAUACAAGCAGAUGGUUUGUUAAUAAAACAUUACAUAUUUGUGAAACUUAAGAUUUUUGUAUUUUCUUUUAAACGCUAAAGCCAUUAUUAGUAUCUUAUAGAAUUUGAAUGAGAUGAAAUUACAUAUUUUCUAAGUACAUCUUGCAUUUAAAAACCUUUUGAUGAAAAUGGCAUUUUGCAAGUAUUUACCAUUUCUAUAUAUUCCAUAUGCCGAAUUUUAUUGAAAAUAACUUUCCUAUGUAUUUUUCAUAGAUUUUGUAUUUUUAUUUUUACAAAGUGGUUUUUAUUCAUAUACAUUUUAAGGCUAAUAUAAAGUUUUUAAACUUGUAUAUAUUAGCUAAUCAAAACUUGCAAUUUUUAGUUCAUUUUAUUUAAAACUCAGUGGGAAAAUAUGCUUGGGAUUUUUUUUUAGAAAAAUGUUAUUUAAAUUGAAAAAUGUAGAAUCUCCUGCAUUGGCGUUUACUCCCCAUCUUUGUUGGUGCAUUAUUAAAACGGACAAAAAAAAAAAAUUGUGGAGGCAAUAUCUUUGUAUUGGUUGUCUCUCUGUUUCAAGAAUUUAUUCUCUUGGCUUUGAUGAGUAUAUAUUUGAAAUGUAUGAUGAGAUUAUUUGAAAAUACAUGUAUACUUGAAAUUGAUGUUCUGAAUAUGACGUUGGUUGUCUGUGUGUGAUUUUAUAUUUGAACUUUAUUUCAUGGACUUCCUGUUUAUAUUCAUAACUCAAUUCUGUGAAAUACUCAUUAUUCCUGUUUUAAGUUUUCAUUGUGCCUGUGCUGAAAUGUGAAAUGUUUUCUAUUUACUAUAGUGUCAUUCAAUUUGAAUGAAACCAGUAAAAAUUAUUUCUGAGUUGUGUGUGAAUCCAACUACUUUUCCCCCUCCAUGUUGCUUAAAUGUUUUCUUUUGCUAUAUAUUGCUUUAAAGUAGCAGCUAAAUUUUAAAGUGUUAAUUUGCAUAAUAACAUGCAAUUAUCUUCUCUGUUUUGUUUAUUAAUAAAUAUUUUUUAAAGUUUGAUAUUUAUAUAGAUUUCCAUCUGUUGAAUAUAAUUAAAUUUUUAAUACUUCUAUCCAGCUGAUAUUAUUUGUUUACAAAUAUCAUGACUGUAUAAGUAAAUUUUUUAUAAUUAAGGAGACUCAAAUGUGUUACUGCAAAAUUUCCAUUAUCCUCUUAGAUCUCUGAUCAAAGGGUUUGCCAUUUUGUGAGCCAAAGUUUCAACAUUUUUCAAAUGAAAUUAAUGGUGUUUAGUCAGUAAUCAUCAAGGGUUAUCAUCAUAUAGUUAUUAGUGUUUGUAUAAGAUGAUUCAUAAAAUAAUCUGUUGUGUGAAGCAACAAGUGAAUAUUUUGAAUUCAGUAUUUUUAUUCCCAUAUGAAUUAAAAUAAUUUUAAAUUAUGCUCAUUUUAUUAGAUUAUUUUAUUUUUCAAAAUAUGGGUUUCUGUAUUGUGUUUGUGUUAUUAUUUCAUCUGAAAUAUUUUGUGCUAAAAAUUCGUUGUUUAUAUUAAACUUGUGUAGCCAUCGAACAAAAAUACUUGUUAUUGGAAUUUUAUAACUUUUACGUACUUUUAUAUUUUGAAACAUGUGUCACUUGUUUUGUUUAAUUCAUUGCAGAGUUUAAAUAAAAUACAUAUAUGUGUGA